AUGAUUGAGGCUUCUUCUCCACUUGCUGCUAUGCAGCCUCCGUCCUUCAUGGGUCGUUGUGGCGGUGGUUUUAGAGCAGAUGCUCCGCCAUUAUAUGCCUCUCUGGCUGCUGCCAAAGGCUUUGGUGUUAACAGCUUCAACUUCCGAGAUCUCUCCAUGAAGAGACCUACACACAAGUCUCAUCCAGACUACUUCAGCAUGAAGCCUGUCCGCGGCUCAUCCCCCACCGCCAGUCUCGCCGCCGACCUAUCUCAGAACUUCCAUAUCGACCAAAGUCCACAACAGCCGACGCCUCGGAGAGCGCUCUUCGCGAGCAAUUUGGAUAGCCACCCGCAUCUUACCACACCACCUGUUCCCUCAUCCUCGCCUGGAGGGGACGACUGCAUGGACAUGGACUUUUCCCCCCUACCACACAAGGUGCCAUUUACCACAGUGGAACUUCAGCUACAGUCACCAACACCGGAACUGACACCAGCUGAUUCUUCCUCUUUGUCGUUACCGUCCCCACCCGACCUGAUCAUGGAACCCAUGCAGAUAACAAUACCGUCAGAGCGAAGGAAAUCCAUGAGUCUACGACCUAGUUUGUCAAGAGCCAAGGGCUAUAGUACUGGAACCCUUCCUCAGAGGCCAGUGCCAGAGGCUCAGCUCCCACCAUUCAAAUUCGGCAACUAUUCUACCAAGCCGACCACUUCCUCGUCUUUGUCACUCUCCGAGAUCUUUGCCGACUCGCCUUCGCAAGACCAGCCGUCUCCUCGGUUGCCAGUUCAGACUUUCCUGCCUCCAAGGCCUCGGUCAGGAAUUUCUUUGGCCUCUCAUUCGUCAAGAAAUGGCUCACCGCUUGGUGUACAUAUGCGUAAAAACUCCAAUCCACUGGUUAGACCACGGAAACAAUUUCGACGUUCUUUAAGCAUGUUCGAGCACCCCGAAGAUGUAAUGAAGCAAGAAAAGGAGCGCCUGAGCCCUCCUCCACCUCUACUGCCUUCGAUCAUGGAUGUGGAGGCUCCACAUGUUCCUCAACUUCCACACUUUGAUCUCGAUGGUGAUGCCGGUGCCCUACCCAGAAUCACCAAGGAGACGAUGGUCGAAAUUCUGGAAGGAAACUAUAACCAUUUGUACGAGAAACUGGUGAUCAUUGACUGCCGGUUCGAGUAUGAGUAUGAAGGUGGCCAUAUCACUGGUGCUGUAAACUUCAACGACAAAGAGACAUUGUCAGCACAGUUGUUUGAUGUGGAGCCCACAUCAAAAGCCCUCUUGGUGUUCCAUUGCGAGUAUUCUGCUCAUCGUGCCCCUUUGAUGGCCAAGUUCAUCCGGAAUAAAGAUCGUGCAGUCAACGCCGAUCGCUAUCCUGGCUUGACAUACCCAGAAGCAUAUAUCUUAGAUGGUGGCUAUAGCACAUUCUUCAAGGAUCAUCGAGAUCGUUGUUAUCCUCAGAACUAUGUCGAGAUGGACGCAAAGGAGUAUGCGAUGGACUGUGAACGAGGUCUCGGGAAAGUGAAACAACGAUCGAAACUUGUCCGAGCCCAGACCUUUGCAUUCGGCCAACACUCACCUCAGAUUGACUCUAGUCCCACUGCCAUGGGUCGAAGUCGUCUUGACAGUGACAUGGAUUUUGAGAUGGGUCUCGAUUAUACCCCGGUUCCAGCUGUGAAGUCGGGGUUUGAUGUUCUUCGUUGCCGAAACCAACGAAUGCUUUCUUAUUGA